GGUAUGCAAAGUAUAAAUCACUGUUUUUCCCAAGGCAGUUGCCGGGUUUUUUGGACUAGUGUUCCCAAGAGAGAAGGUUUCUCUCGAACAUUCGUGAUUGACGUAAAGUCAAUUAGGAAAACAAGAUAAACAAAGAUGUCACCGUCUUUGAACUAUCUUUUCCUGGCCUCGACGCUGCUAGCCUUGGUCUACGGAGACACCAAAACCGUCAGCAUUAACCCCCCUGUCAGCGGGGGGACUCUGGACCCCCUGAGAGCCGCCUCCAACUCAUACCUCCAGUCCAGGCUGCUCGGGGGUCCGGGGUACGGGUACUCACCCUACGGCUACGCUCCCAUCAACGGCUACGGGUACGCCCCUGGUUACGGGGUGCCCUUCGGAGGUGGCUACUUCCCCGGGGGUUACAGUGCAAACUACAACGGCAACGCCAACACCAAGUCCAACUACGGGAUCAGGAUCACCGGCAUCAUCAAGACGGAGGUGUACAAAAGUGAGGAGGGGGCUCAGAAUGAGGAGAGCGCAGCGAACGCUGGAGGAUACGCGGGGGGAUACGGUGGAGGGUAUGGUGGGGUCGGUGGAGGGUAUGGUGGGGUCGGUGGAGGGUUCGGUGGAGGGUAUGGUGGGGUCGGUGGAGGGUUCGGUGGAGGGUAUGGUGGGGUCGGUGGAGGGUACGGUGGGGGGUACGGUGGAGGGUUUGGAGGAGGGUAUGGAGGGGGAUAUGCUGGUCUUCCAUAUCAGGGCAUAGGCGGAUACCCUGGUGCUUUCCCUUACCAGAACAUAGGCGGAUACGGCGGGGCUUAUCCGUACCAAAAUCUAGGAGGGUAUGCGAAUUUACACCCAUACGCCACACACAAAAAGUAG